UAGGAGGCGAGUAGUGCCGCUUGAGUCACGGAGAGGGAAGGUUGUCGCUUCUCUCCUCUCACCUCGUCUCCCUCGCGCGCUAACCCACUCAUUCCCCCCUCACACAAACUAAUAUUUCCAGGUGAAUACACCUCCCCCGACUUUCAUGAUGUGAGCCAAGAUGCUGCUGGAUGAGUGUGUACACAGAACGAGGGUUUAAAUAGGCGGGCGUGAUAUUGUAGUGUUGGAGAUAAUAUAAGACGAUUUCUGGCGAGUGUCACCAUGUUCUGGGAGAGGUGCAAGGCACUUGUGUUGUGUGUGGCACUGUUGGUGACCUCCACGGCAGCACAGCUGGGACUCUCAGACACGCAGAGACUACUUGAGCGGCCCAGACACUUCUUGCAGCUUCAGCUCAACCGUACGAGAUUUGAGUUGGAGCGUCAGGUGGACUGCAACGUGGCGUGUGAGGACAGGUCCCGUGACCCCGUAUGUGGCACUAAUGGUCACACCUACGACAACAUAUGUGACCUCGACCGUGACAUCUGCAAGAAGGUCAAGGUCACUCUGAAGCACGUGGGCGAGUGUUCCCUUGCGGAGAAGUGUCUUGAUGAGCGAGCAGCGAAGCAGGAACAACUGGCCAACGGAGAGCAUGUAUACGUGCCCACCUGCCAGGCGGAUGGCUCCUACGCCCCGGUACAGUGCCACAACUUCACCUUCUACUGCUGGUGCUCCAGACUUGAUGGGAAGCUCAUCCCCCACACCAUUCAGAAGGAUCGCCCUCCAGAGUGUUCAGGAGACCCAACAUCAACACCGGCCCCGGAGCUGCCUCAACCAGGCAAGUCGAAGAGUGUAGGUGGACCGCGGGUACCUGCGGUCCAUACCCUCAUGUCCCUGUCGACUGCCACACCCACGGCAAGCACACGCCCACGCCCACGCCCGCCCCAGCCUCGCCCCAAGCGGUGCAGCGGGAGGACCAGGAAGACCUUCAUCAAAAACCUGGGUCGUCACUUGCUCAAGGAGUUCCAGAGAGAACGAAACACCAAAGGAGUGUCUGAGGACAGGCUACUGAGGAAGGCCGUCAAAUGGAAAUUCAACCGACUUGACACCAACGGAGACAAGCAACUGAAGCGGCGGGAGUACAGAGCGCUCAGGAAACCGGUUCGUAAGUUCAUCAAGCCCAAGAAGUGCGCUAAGAAGUUCCCUCGCUUCUGCGAUACCGACAACAACAGCAUCCUCUCCGAGGACGAGUGGAUGGCCUGCUUCUCUCCCGAGUCCAGCAGCAGACAUAACGGACGUAACAAGUGCAGAAACGGUGCUUGUCCAGCAACCUCGACGACGGUCAAAAGGCCGAAGCCAUCGUGUGAGCGUGAUCGUCAAGCCAUACUGGAGGCGGCGAGUGCAGGUAACAACAGUAUUCCCAUCCCGAUCUGUCAGCCUAAUGGGAAGUACAAGCCUAUCCAAUGCUACAGAGAUAUCUGUUUUUGCGUGGACGAGUGGACAGGAAACAGCUUGGAUGGCACAGUGGUUAAAAAUGGCACUCCAGACUGCUCUCGACCUCUUCCACAUGCUCGUGAAUGGAUAGGAUGCACAGGAGAAACCAAAACAAAAUUUAUCCUGGACCUGAAGAAGUUCUUGUUAAACAAAGUGGAAGGUGGAGACAGGAGGGCUGGAGCAGAUUCCUCGACCCAGUCAGUGGAAGAGUUUGCUGCCACUUACCACUUCAGGAAUCUGGACAAAAAUGACAAUCAAUAUUUGGAGAAAAAAGAAAAGAAAUUAGCAAAAAAUUUUUUGAAGAGUAAUCCAAAGUUAAAGAAGUGUGGGCGAAAAAUUACAAACUAUUGUGAUGUGGACAGGGACAGUAAGGUAUCACUGGAAGAAUGGAUUGCUUGUGUCGUGGUGGUGCAGAAUGAAACUGGUGACAGCCCAAGUGGUGUUGGUGAAGAUGACGUCAGAAGAUUCGAAGAGAAUCCACUUCAUAAAUAUCUUAUAUCAGAAGACAGAUUGAAAAAUAGAAAUUGGUAGAAUGCCACUUGCUUGGUGAUUUGUAGAGGUGGACUUCCACGCCCUCCACCGCAAGCAAAUAAGAAUCCUUUUGAAACAAUUCUCAAACCAGAAGUUUAAGAGUUAAAGCCUUUCAUCCAUGUGAAAAAUAUGAAUAAAGAAAAGUUCAAAAUGGUGUUAAUAGGAUCUGAUAACUUUUAAAGGAACAAAAUUCACUAUAUCCACAAAUAUAUUAAUAUUAAUUCAUAGUGUCAAUUUUUUAAAUGUUUUUAUCAUUACUAACAUACCUGUAAAUGUGUAACUAAUAAAUUAGUAAUGACAGGUACUCCAGUACUGGUGUUCAAAAUACCAGGAUUAGUAGAAAAGGAAUUGAUCACUUUUGUUAUUACUGUAUCAUAUCAGUGAUAUAUACCUGUGACUGAUUUUGAGGGUUCAUCUACCUUCACAGUUCAGCCUGAGACCAGCCUUUUUUGUUGGCCUCCUGGUCAACCAGGCUGUCGGUGCUAAUGGCCUGUAGGCCACACAGUCAUCACAACCCAGCUGAUCAGGAACUUUGCAAGAGAUAUUGAUCCACUUUCUUCUUGAUAACUCAGGCAAAAAUCUUAUUUUAUAUUCAGUUUUAUUUAAGACUGUUUUGGGAUUGGAAAAAGGAAUCAUUGUAAAGCUUUCAUGUUGUAAAUAGUUCACUGGUGUACUGUAUCACAAAAUGCUUUUCAUGUAUCCUCCAAAAAUAUCUUAAAUUUGAUCCAAAUAAAUAUCUUUGCACAAGAAAUAAAAGAAAAUGUUAUAAGCCACCUUCCAUCUGUUAUUUGAUAUAGUAUUAGUACUGUAGUAGUGAUUUUUUUUUUAUGUUGAAUGUUCAACAUUGUGUGCAAGCGAAUGUGCAUCUCAAUGUAUAGUUGUAUUGAGCUCUAAAUGUCCUAUAUGUUAUCUAGAAGGAAACUGUUCUUAGUGAGAUGGACUAGUAUCAAGGUUUCCGACUAGACUAGACAGAAGUAGGAAGUUUCCCCUCAGAUGGACUACAUUAAUAAGUUCUUGUAGUUUGAUUUCCUUAGUGUAAGGAAACUAUUAUAAUAUUUAUUUUGUAAUGUAGGCAAAUACUUUCACUGCAUAUUUGAAGGAACAGUUUUAUUGACAUACUCUUUCACCUGAACAAAAUGUUAAUGUGAAAGUUAAAAAUUAGCACCACAUUGUCUCACAGUAAAGAUUACUUAAUAUCAGGGUACAGUGUAGAUAUAAAUCUUAUUCCAAAAGUAAGUCAUAUUCCAUGUAAAUAUAUAUAUUUCAGGGAAGAUUUUCAUUAGAGAAUAAGUUUAAAUACAUACUGUAAGGCACAUUGGUUAAAAUACUGGCAGGUACUUGAAACAGUAAGUUCCUCUAGUGUUCAUAAAUGUUCUUUAAGCAAGUGUCAGAGUAGAAAGUCUGCAUGGAAUGCUGCUAUAAGUUUGAGUUAUGUCAUCUGAAAGAAAAAUAAAAUUAAGUUUGUGUGUAGGAUGUGUUGGUAGAACACUGAAUUAAGAGUGAAGUUCCCAGUGUAUGAAGACGUGGUGCAGUUAAGAUUGUUUCAGCAAGAGUGAAAUACCCGGUGUAAGAAGUGAAACACUUUAGGUUAAUGUGAAUAUUGGUUACUAGAAUAUUGCAGCAAGACUGAAGUACCCAGUGUGUAAAGAAGUGGUAGAAUUUAGAUGGAUAUGAAUAUGAAUUACUAGAAGGAGUGUUGUGGUAAUGCAAGAUUUGCAUUCAAGCAAGACACUAUAAGGAACAGAAAGAAGGAAAGCCGAGUACAAGAUUUAGACAUUUUUACUGAGAUGAUACAGGAAUGGUAUAAAGAAACAGAUGAAGAAGCAAGUGAGAAAUGUUAAAGAAACAGAGAAAAUAAAGUGUUAUCACAAGGAAAUGUUGGCAAAAAUAAACAAUUAGAGGGGAACCAAGAGUUAAAAUGGUUACCUCCUAUUCAGUAACACCUUCAGAAGUGCAGGUGUAUUUAAAAAAAUUAUGCAUUCACAUCUUCCCUUUGAUGUAGGAAUUUGUGUAUUAAUUAUAAUUUCUGUGAACAUUUAGUAUAAAAUACUUAGCUUUCAAA